AUGACCAGUGCCAAGAGUGGUGUCGGAUCAGCGAAUACCUUACCCUACAACAAAUCACACAAUUCACAGUCCUUUUCAUCCACCCCUCGCGCGACUCCGCCACCUCGAGGAUCGCAAAUGUCCUCAUUCGGCAUCUCCAAUGGCGCCGCCUCCCGUGGCAGCUUCAAUGCCAACUAUGAUGGUGCAAAUGACUAUGGAAGCAUGAUGUCCUACCAGGAAGAUCAAGGCCCACAGAUUUAUCGUGUACGUCCCCCCCUCCCGCCUUUUGCUCACGCCCUGUGCUAUCAUAUCAUCAAUUGUCUGACACUGUCUUCGGUUCUGUUCGAUUUGCAGGCGGUUUACUCGAACAUAUCUGUCUACGAGAUGGAAGUCAAUGGUGUGGCUGUCAUGAAACGACGGUCUGAUUCGUGGCUGAACGCUACUCAAAUCCUGAAGGUGGCUGGGGUUGCAAAGGCUCGGCGUACAAAGACCCUGGAAAAAGAGAUCACGGCUGGCGAACAUGAAAAAGUUCAGGGUGGCUAUGGAAAAUACCAAGGAACAUGGGUCACCUAUCAGCGAGGUGUUGAGCUAUGUCGUGAGUACCAUGUUGAGGAAUUGUUGCGACCGUUGCUCGAGUAUGACAUGAGUCCCGAUGGCUCUGGCCCUUCGCACAGCGCCCUGGAAACUCCGACGAAAGAGCAAGCCAUGGCAGCUCAGCGGAAACGUCUCUACAGCGGCGCUGAAAAUCGCGGGAUGACCCAGUCUCAACAGGGAACCUUUUUCCAGAAUAUUUCACGCACGGCAGCCACGGCGGUGAACGCCCUGAGCAAGGCUCGCUUCGAUUCUCCAAAUGCGAACAGCCGACGACCCAGCGUCAUGCGCAAGCCGUCACAACAAUUGAGCAGUCAAGAGUCGCAGAUGCAAAUAAGUAGUCAGCAGAGCAUGUACGUAUCCGACAGCGGAUUCAGCAGCGCUCCAAACCGUCUGCCAACGCAUGACGAAAACGAUGAGCUUAUGGAGCCGCCUCGCAAACGGAUGCGCUCAACGUCACACCAAGGUCCUCCGAUUGGACUUCCUCGAGAUCACUCUACACUGUCCAUUCAUGAGCCCACUCCAACCGAACCCAACGAUUCAUUCUAUCAGGACGCGGAUCUUGCCCCACAUUCAGAUGAUGGACACAAACGCGGGAUUGAAGCCAUUGCUCCUGCGUCGAAUCCUGAAGGGUUCAAAAAGCAGAAGCUGAUCAUGACUUUGUUUUUGGACAAGAAAAUGAAAGAUUUUUCUAAGCACCCUGCCAUGUUGCAGCUGACUAGCAAAGAGCUCGAAAUGCCUCUGGAUAACUACCAGAACAACGCACUUCACUGGGCCGCAAUGCUAGCGCGCAUGCCACUCAUUCAUGCUCUUGUGGCCAAGGGCGUGAAUAUUUUCCGAGUGAAUGCCGCAGGCGAGACAGCUUUGCAGAAGGCAGUCGGGACUCGUAACAACCUUGAUUAUCGGAGUUUCCCACGUCUUCUCCAAGUCCUUGCGCCAACGAUUGACAUGGUCGAUUACAGUGGGCGAACUAUCCUUCAUCACAUUGCAGUUAUGGCAGCCACAGGUGGGGGUGGACAUGUGUCAGCAAAACACUAUCUCGAGGCCCUUCUCGAGUUCAUUGUUCGUCAUGGUGGAAGCGCGUCUGCAAACGGCAAUGUCGGGCCCGAGACGGAGAAUAGCGAGGUCAUUACUUUGGGUCGGUUCAUUUCGGAAAUUGUUAACUUGCGAGACGAUCAGGGUGAUACCGCUCUGAACCUUGCCGGACGGGCGCGAUCCGUAUUGGUUCCUCAGCUCCUGGAGGUUGGCGCUGAUCCGCAUAUUCCAAACCACACUGGACUGCGACCUGCGGACUACGGUGUUGGUGUUGAUAUGGUAGAUGGCAAUGGACAAUCGCAGCCAGAAAUUGAGCGCAAUGAUACCUUCAUCAAUCAAUUGGCAAAGUCGAAGAAGGAGAUCAUUGAUGCCGCGGUGUCUCAAAUCAGCAAUGUCGUUCAAGAGAUGCUUGAAGGAAUCGCCGGAGAUCUCGCAUCAAUCAGUACCCAGAAACAGGAGAAAUUUGAUCAUUGGCACUCCAAAAUUCGAGAAUCAGCCAAGGCCCGUCAGAUUGAGCAGAAGCAGCUUGACGCCUUGGAGAAACGGGCGUCGGAGCGAGCGCAUCUCGACCGACGAAUCAAAAAUCUUGAACAGUCAUCGAAGGAGUUAAUGGAAGAACUAAAAAAUACGCCCGGAUUUGACCCGACUCGGACUCUGGAAAUAGGCGAUGCUGACAAAGCUACUGGCGUUGACUUUGUGACGUUCAGGUCCCUGUUUCCGGAGGACUUCGAUCCAUCCAACGGAUUUUCAGCUCAGCAGCUCGAGUUUCUGAAGUCGCUUCCUCGGCCAGAAAUCCUGGCGAAACUCAUCGAGGGCUAUCGGAACAUCAACACUGGUAUCAUGGCGGAAGUCAAUGCAUUGAAAGCGAAGAAUGCUAUUCUGGGGCAAAAUUACCGGCGCAUGGUGAUGGCAUGCACGGGCUGGUCCGCCGAAAAGGCAGACGAGUCAGCCGAGGGUCUUACUCAAUGCGUCAAAGAAUUGAAUGACAACCCAGUCCCUGAAGAUGAAGCUAUCGAGAUUCUGAUGCAAGACCGUGGCCAGGACUGGUAG